AUGAAGGAUUCAUCUCCAAAAAGACUCUCAAAAAACGUAUUGCAUAUAUUAAUUCAAAUAUGGUAUCGGGAGAAGGCUUAUGUAACAAUUCGUCAAGAAGAUAGUGACAUUCCUUUAAUACGAAAUAAACAAGGUUUGAAUCAAGUGCUAGAUCUUCCUGAAAUUUGUUUAAUAGAGGAGCUGAAUUGUUCUUAGAGCCACUUUUAUCCACCUUAGAAACACUCGAAUUGGAUACCUUGUCUAAAAUAGGAUUAGCGGCUUUCAACAUCCAAGUUGAAUUGAGAUUAGUGCCAGAAUACCCAACAGGUGAAUAAACGUGAAGAAUCGAGAGUUCCACAGAAGCGAGAAACGGAUGCAGUUUAACCUUAGAAUCGACACUCAGAGGCACCAAGGGAGUAACAUAGAGAGUGUAUUGAAUAUCACGAAGGUAUUUCAUGGUGGCUUUCAACAAAGUUUUUCUGGAUGAGAUGGCAUCAAAUGCUUUAUUCUAAAAUGGCCGCAUUCGAAAGAGAAAAUAACAAACCUCAUGAAGCGAUUCAUAAUGGCGAAUAA